CUACUAAAACCAAAAAGAAAAAGAAAAUCGCCAUGCAAGAUCCAACAGCAGCACUGCCAUCAUCGCGAGGAGCAGUGAGAACGGCGAGCAGUUGCAAGCGUCACAGUCACCAUCGCCAUCAUCAUCAGUAUCAGGAUAUCAGCGAGCCACAGCCGUCGUGUUCGACGAUCGCGACGACGGGUCGUAGCUCGCGACCAUCCUGAUCCUAACUUCUAAGCCCCGAGAUCGAGCCCGCAGCGAAUCCGAGUAGCGUGAUCGACGGCCCGGGCCCCAAUGGCGUAAAUAACAACACGAGUAGUCAUAGCAGCAGUCCACCGAAGCGUAAGAAAAAGCCCAGGGACGAACAACCCAGGAGUGCAGCCGCGCGCUUAACGGCCGGGGCAACGGUGGCGCCGUCAACGAGCAGCGCACCAAUGCGCACUGGUACCAGCAGCUCGGAACUGCUGCUCGGGGCCAAGUGCCGGGCUCUACUGAGGGACGAGCUGCUCGAACAAGAACAGCGCAGACAAAAGCUCAUCGAGUUGGGUUACAAAGCUGCCAAGAAGAAGAAGCCGCGACGCACUUGCAAACAAAGAUUGACUUUCUACGCUACCUCGAGUCUUGCUCUCGUGGCCAUUUCGGGUGGUUGCGCCCUGUUGUUCCUAGUGCCGCUUUAUGUCGAUCCUGCUUUCAGCACUCUCACGGCUGAUUUCUUUCCCGAACCAGUGAUAUGUACCACCUCGAAACGCGAGGAUCUUUGGGGUCUGUUCAAUUGCACUUGGAGCUCGUGCCGAGAAGGCUGUACCAGCGAAGUGUACAGGUGUACGCACAUUUACGUGACUUACACCCCGUGGAGCAACGCGAGCUCGAACUCGACUAACCUCGUGACUAGUAGUGUUGACAUGUCGGAAGAGAUAGAGGAAGCUGAGGAAAUCAUUGAUGCGGUAUUGUUGGUGAAUAUUAAAGGAUGUGGCUACCCGCCGGUAGUGGAUUGCGAGAAUUUUACGCGUGAAAUGGGUUACGAAGGCUCGCAAUUCCCAUGCUACUAUAGCCGUGUCAAUCGGAGUAUCGUUAUGGCUGAUUACGAUCGAGAAGCUGAAUUGACUAUAAUUAUUCAUUACUUUGCUGCACCACUCGUCAUGACACUCGCUACUACUGCUGUUCUUUGUGUGAUGCAUUGCGACUGCAGAUGUCAACCACCACCGAGGAGACGAUAUCCUGCAAGGAGGAAUGUCACCAGAACGAGGAACAACGAGAUUAGCGAGCACUCGAUCAGCACGCGAGUCGAACGUCGAGGUCGACCGAUACGCUGCGAGUGCGGCGAGGUUGCUAGGCCAUCAAAAUUAUCACCACGACGGGAUGAAGAUACCUCGAGAGGUACACGUACCACUAUCACAACUACUAUCACGCCAUUGCAGAUUAGCUAGAAGAGGCAAACUCGCUCUGUCUUCGAGCGUUCUUCCAGCACUAAUUAUUUGGAUUAUGCUUCUUACUUGAUCUAUUUUGUAGUUAAAUCUAUUCUUUUACCCAGAGAAUUGUUUGUUUUUUAAAACUUCGUCAAAUAAGCCUAUGAUUUCAAUAAUUAUGACAACUAAAAAAAUAAUCACACGAAAAUGUGCAGGUUUUAUAAAAAAUUAAUAACAAAAAACGUUGAAAAAUGGCUCAUUAAUGGUUAACUUUGAAGCCAGUUUCUAUACAUUUUAACUAGAUUUAAUUUUUUUAUUUCGAUUUCAAUGCACUAAUUUAAAUUUAAGUCUGCCUAAAUUUAAGUUCUACUAUUUAUUUAUAACUAGUUGCUGAAAUACACUUGAUCAGAGAUGUCAUAGAUGCAAGUUUGGUUUUUUAUAAAAUGAAAAUUGAAACGCUAAGAUUAAUGUACCUCCGUAAUGAAAAUUUCAUAAUCAUCAAUGAUAUAUUUAGAGCAUUUGUUUGCAUCUUACAAUAAAUGCAUUCUCUUUGAAUUUUCAAACGCCUAUUAAAAAUAUGAAAGACAUACCCGAUGUUCUAAUUUUGUAUAUCAAACGAAUUACUGAUUGAUUUAUACUUAUUCACUUUUCGUAAUACCACUCUGAAAAUUAUAGUCUAGGGGCCAUGAAUCUUACCAUAGCCGGUAGAUGUGUUAAAUACCUAAGUUUUAUAGUAUUCUGACCUCGUGAAUUCCAAUUUCUAGGGUAUUUAGCUGUACAAGGCGACUUCCAAUUAUUUAUUAAUAAUUUAAUUGCUUAAACCCUAAUAAAUCUUUUGGUAAUUAAGUUAAACACUCUGUAAGCAUAAAAACUUAUUAUGUAUUUCAUAUAGAAUAGGUAGCACUUUGAAAAUUUGAAAAAUAUUAAUUAGAAACCGAGAUAUGACAGUGUAACUAACAAAACUACGUGACGUCGGACUUUUUAUUUGUUUAAAUCGCUGUAAUUUGGCUUCUGAAGAACUUACAGAAACCGUUGACCAAUUAAUCAGUUCCUUAUUUUACAAGAAAUCUGCCGCUUUUUUCCAAUUGCAAAAAUAUUCGUUAAAACGGAAAAUAUUACAAUUUAACAAACAUAAAAAUACAGCGCCGCGGAAAAUUGAAUUGUUUAGACCACUAUCCGCUUUUUUAUAAUCAAGUUAUAGGUGUUGUCAAAUAACCAAAUGAUUUGCAAUUUUAUAAGAAAUACAUGGCUUCUUGGUUGAUGUAAAAAUAAUAAUUUUGACCUAAAAUAUAACAAAAUUAGUGCGAGACUUACUUAAUUCAUUAUAUUGCUGGCUCUGAAUAAUAUUUUUAUAAUUUAUUAAUAUGUAUAUAUUCUUGGCAAAAUUCGUAAUUAUCCUAUGUUUUAAAAGCUCUAGUAUAUUCAAUGAGAUAAACGAUUUUGCGACAUACAUGAAUGCGUUCUUCAUAGUUGCAUCGUUUUCUCUAUUUUUAGCUGUAAUUGAUAUUUUGUAUUAUAAUAUUUAACAUAAUAAACAAUUUGAUAUGGUAACAUAUUCUAAGUUGCUAUUAGCACUUAUUAGCGUUUUCAAAGUAUAUAUAUAAUUCCUAUUUAUGUCGUUUUUGUAAGAAAAUUGGUUCGGAUUGAAGAUAUGAAUAAAAAAAAUCAUAAUAAAUUUGGCAAGAAAGUAUGACCGCAUACAUAUCAUUUUUUAAAUGUGUAUUGCUUAGUGAAUUGUUUUGGCACUUUUGAAAAUACUAUGUUUUUGCUUUAUUUUCUAAAAACCUCAAAAGUUUUUGACAAUGAAAAUAUCGAUCACCGCUAAAAGUAGCACGAAUAGAUAGAAAAUGAUGCAACGACAAAGAAUGCACUCAUGUAUGCCGCAAAAUCGUUUUUCCUAUUAAAAGUACCCGAGCCUUUAAAACAUACGACAAUUCCG